AUGUCUAAUCCAGAGUCUAUGCGUAUAGCCAGCCCUCGGACGUAUCGUGACGCCAUCAAUGCCCUCAACACGCUACAAUCCAACUUUGCUUCUAUUGAGGCCGUCAAAAACCUGAGUUUGUCAUCCAGAGCCAGAAGCGAACUCUCCCUCAAUGAGGUUUAUGAGUACAUUCGUCGUUUGGGUUACAAGCCGCUGGAUUUCAACCGUUUGAACGUGAUCCAUGUCACCGGAACGAAAGGAAAGGGCUCCACCUGUGCGUUCGCCGAGUCCGUAUUGACCCAGUACAGAAAGGGUGGCAUCAUCUCCAAAACAGGUCUCUUUACCAGUCCUCAUCUCAAAUCGGUACGCGAGCGUAUCCGAAUCAAUGGCUCGCCAAUCACCGAGCUGAAAUUCACAAAGUACUUCUACGAAGUCUGGGAUAAGUUGUCGUCGACCACCUCGGAUCCCGAAGCUUUCCCUACUUUGCAACCAUGCGAUACUGUCAAGCCUAUGUACUUCAAGUACUUGACGGUGUUGUCUUUCCAUGUGUUCAUGUCAGAGGGCGUGGAUACUGCCAUUUAUGAGGUGGGUGUUGGCGGAAAGUUUGACUCUACUAACAUUAUUGAGAAACCCACCGUGACAGGUAUCACGUCCUUGGGCAUCGACCACACGCUCAUGCUCGGAACCACCAUCGAGUCUAUUGCAUGGAACAAGGCGGGAAUCAUGAAAAAGGACUGUGCUGCAAUUGUAGCCACUCAGACAGAGUAUCCACAAUCUUUGGAUGUAGUGGAGCAUGAAGCUAAGGAGAUUGGUGUUUCGUCUUUUGAGGUAGUCGGACCUGACGUGGUGCCCAAGAACAUCAAGUUGGGAUUGGCCGGUGAUUUCCAGAGGCAAAAUGCCGCCGUAGCUAUCAAAUUGGUCGAGAAGCACUUGACCAAAUUGGGUGUCAAGGACAUCGAUAUUGAGGAGAAUGGACUUCCCGACGAAUUUGUCAAGGGUCUCGAAAAGACAUCUUGGGACGGUAGAUGUCAGAUCCUCGCCGAUAGACCGGGCUUUGAUCACAUUACAUGGUACAUUGAUGGUGCUCACACGCUCGAAUCCAUCAACGUUGCAUCUAAGUGGUUCAAGACUGAGGUGUCCAAGAAAAAGACCACAAAGAUUCUUUUGUUCAACCAGCAGUCGCGUGAGAACGCCGGAGCACUUCUCGAACAACUUUACCGUAAUGUGGUGGACUCCACCUUGAAGUUUGAUCAUGUCAUCUUCACCACCAACAUCACUUGGUGUGACGGCUCCUACAACAGCGACUUGGUAUCCAUGAACAACUCCAAGGACCAAAUCGACAAAUUGGUGGUGCAGAAGGAGCUCGCUGGCAAGUGGAGUACCUUAGACCAGGAACUGGGACUCACCUCCAGAAAGCAUGUUUUCCCGGACAUCGAGACAUCGCUCCGUUUUAUCAAGAGCUUGACCAACGAGAAGGAGGCAGAGGUAUUUGUGUGUGGCUCGUUGCACUUAGUGGGAGGCUUCCUUGCCGUAUUGGAUGGCGACAAGGACUAA